CGCUCUCACUUCAUCGGCGCUUUCUUCACCAGAGCGCAGGCUGACAUACGAUGCUUCCUGACUCCGAUGAGUCACGCCUGAAACUCAGCAGUAUGCGCCAAUCGCCAGCAAGCGCAUGCGCCGCGCCGACAGCUAAAGCCGAGAUGCCAUGAGAGGCAGCUCUUAUUGUGCUGCACCCACGACCACAAACUUCGGUCCAAUGAAUGAACAGACAUCACCCGCCCCACGCCCGCUCGCUACUAAGAUGCGCGGCACUACUCGUUCGCGGCCUGUCUCGCAGCAUGGCACGCCGCCAGUCUAUGCGCAACCCAUGACUCAGGCGCCAAGGAAGAUCUUCAACUGCAUUGUCGACGACACUGCGCUGGUGGCGGGCGUUAAGCGGAGCACGAGGAACGGUAUCCGCCAGUGGGUGAAGAACGGACAGAUACGCCUCUUCGUGCCGCUGCAUGCACUCGAGCAGCUCAGUCAGCAGAAAAGCGCCGUCAGCCGGCACGGGGAAGAUGUGCGUGAGACGCUACAGUGGCUGGAUGACGCAACUAGCAAGUUUCCGAAUUUCGUCACGCUCCAAGGCGGUGACCAGUAUUACGAAAGGUGGGUGGAAGUAGAGCGCUUCACUGUACCGCGCACUCUUUUCUCCGAAAACGAUCACUAUGCCGCACUCGAGGACGAUGCCGCUACUGAGAGUCUUCCGCAACGGACUGCCAAGGUCACUAUCUCACAUGAGCCACCACGCUCACCGGCCAGCUCCGCAGCUUCUGUCGGCUCAGGCGCUGCGUCACCCUCGUCGCUGCAGAGUGUGCGCUCGAGCAUCAGCCAGGUUUCGCCUCCCACGAGUCCAGCUAAGGCUCUAUCCUCGCCCAGUCAGCCGCCGCACAUCGACUAUGCCACGGCGAGCGGGUCCGCGAGUACCAGCGUGCCGAUGAAGCUACAACCACUGUUCAACUAUAUCCUGUGGCGCAUUCACCAGGAACUGGAUCCAAUUGCUGCUUUAGAAUCCUUCAUCUUCCUCUGCAACGAUGCCGACAAAGUGCAUUACGCGAAAGGAUUCGAUAUCAAGUGCAAGCGGCUUGAGCAGCUGCGCGAAGCUAUAGGCCGCGAAGAGCGUGACUUCCGUAACCGAAUAAGCAUGCAGAACCGCGAGAACCAGCAAGCUUUGACUGCCCCGUCCAGCGGCACCCUCAAUGAGAAGUCGGUUGACGACGAAGAAGUGACGUACGAGCCACCGCCGCGUGCACCAGCAGCCAUGCUGCCAAAGCCGGUCACGACUGUCAUUGACCCAAACGCCUUCAGUCGUGCGUCGCACCCUGAGCAAGGAGUUGUCCAGUCAGCACCGCCGCGUUUCGAUAGCGACGUUCCACUCGCGCAGCAAAGCCGUGGCGGAGCCAAUCUACCGUUCAACAACCGCGGUGCAAUGCGUGGUAACUACCGGGGAAGCCGGGGCCGCGCGAACUUCGUGCCUGGGCGUGGCGGUUUGAUCGCUAACGCGCCUCGCACACCGAACGGGCAGAUUGACCCGGAUAGCUUCACACGGCCGCGUGGUGGUUAUUCUACUCAGGGCAGGAAGCUGUGGGUUCCAACACAAUCGAGGCCGUAACAUGAACGAUUACGGGCAUCGUGCGCUAGCCUUGUCGCUGACCAGCACGGUGAUCCUAGGUAACGAAAUAAGCUCAUCCGUUGCAUAACCUGCAGGCGGA